AUGGUUCUGUUCACCACCAAUGGGAUGUUCAUCCUGGAUGAAAUUCACACCACUCAAAACAGUUUCCAGAAUGUCAUCGGCGGUGGUGGCAUGUUCGCAAUGCUGGGAGCAUGCAUUGUUAGUCCAAACCAGAAAAUAUCUAAACAACUGAAAUGGAUCGUGGAUAGGGGCUCUGACUUCCCGGAUUUUGUUACCGACCAGAUUGACAGUUGGCAGACAGGAGUUGUUUAUAGAGAUGACAAGACAAGGUUAACUACGAGAGCGUGGAACCUUUACGGCGAAAACGACUACAGGCAGUUCAAAUACCUAUCUGAGAAAAAACGGAUAGAUGUAAACGACUGGCUCGAGAAAUUUGGGCUUGACGAGCUGUGCGGAAUCCCUUUUUUUCACUUGGUAUGUUCUGAUGAAAGGGCCAAUUCCAUCUUGGACAAACUCAAGGAUUAUGACACAGCAGAGUGCAGAGUAUUCGUUUGGGAACCAAUUCCAGAAUUAUGCGACAAAGCACAUGCAGAAGAAAUUCGCAAAGUGGUCAAUCGUCAAGAGUGUGUAAUCCUUUCACCAAACGCCGAAGAAGGUGCGCGUCUAUUUGGGGUCGAAGAGCCUUCCUCGCUGCAAGAAUGUAAGGCGCUCCUGUGCAAGUUUGACGAUUUUAUUGCCGAUCAUAACUUAUGCGUGUUGAGAUGUGGUAAAUUGGGGUCUCUCUCGCUCGGUGAGCGCGCUUCAGGUGGCAAACGGCAAAUUAUUCACCUACCGGCUUAUCAUAGUCAGUCACCUUCCAAGGUGAUUGAUCCUACUGGUGGCGGAAAUACAUUUUUGGGCGGAUUUUCCUUAGGCUUUGUGCUCUCCAAAGGGGACCUUAUUACCGCAAGCAUUUGUGGUAACAUUGCUGCAGCUUGCUCUAUCGAACAAUUAGGCGUACCACAACGCGAAGGCGAUAAAUGGAAUGGACUAACUUUUCGACAGCGUUUAGACAGCUAUUUGAGGGUGUACGAUCUACCGUAUACUGUGCAUACAAUACUUAUGGCACUCGAUAUUGAAGUCUAG